AUGACUCGGAUUCUUCUUACUGGAGCUUCCGGCUAUGUCGGCGGGGAUAUCCUUCACCUCCUCAGAUCACGUCACCCUGAAUACAAAUGUAGUGUCCUACUGAGGGAUAGUGGAAAGGCGGCAUCCAUCACGAACGCCUAUCCCGAUGUCCGGGUUGUCUCGGGAGACCUAGACUCCGCAUCUCUUAUUGAGGAGGAAGUACGCCAGGCCGAUAUUAUCAUCAAUGCUGCCAGUUCUGGUCAUAUCAAAUGCGUGGAAGCCAUCGGCCGUGGUUUGGCUACGCGUAGUGAUUCCAAACCUGCCCACUGGAUCCAGAUCUCAGGGGCUAGUGUGCAUUCGAUCCCUGAUAUCGUUAGUUGUACGUUUGGGGAGUCGACCGACACGAUCCACAGUGACAUGGACGGUGCCAACGAGCUCCGCGAGUUCGUGCGCCAGAACUCUGCCGCGCGGGCUGUCGAUAGCUACGUCCUUGGUUUCUCUACCUGUAAGACUGCCCUGAUCUUUCCCCCAAUUAUCUAUGGGCAAGGAAGGGGUGCAAUCAAGCAGCGGAGUGUCCAAAUCCCAGAGCUGUCCAGAGUCACCCUGCAGAAGGGAAAGGCCAUCCAAGUAGGCAAAGGCGAAAGCACUUGGAGCAAUGUCUAUAUCUCUGAUCUCAGCGAGAUCUUCGUCAAGCUCGUGGAGAAGGCCGUUGAAGGGCAGGAGGGCGAGUUUUGGAACCAGGAUGGCAUUUACUUUGCCGGAAAUGCUAUGUUGAACUUCAAAACUAUCUCGCAGCUCGUUGCAAAUGCUGCUCAUAGUUUGAACCUCAUCAACUCGACAGAAGUCAAGGGAGUCACUGCCAGCCAGGCUGACGAGUUGACAGCUAAGGGUAGCAUCUUUUGGGGCACCAAUGCCAAACAGAACUCUCAAAGAGCCCGCAAGUUGCUCGGAUGGGUUCCACAAGGCCCAUCUUUGGAGGAAGAGAUUCCGACAACAGUCUGGCCUGUGAAGGAUUUUCAGAUGAGGUUCGCUGGGCUCUCUAUGAGCACUGCAAUGGGGACUGAAUUAGUUGCGGGAUCUAUCGACGCCUCGCUGGCCGAAAUUGACAGCAGAUCACGAAGUCCAAGCCGUCGAUGUGCUGGUGACAUCGUCGUCGGACCGUUUGGCGUUCUAAAUUUCGAAAUGCCAUCCACUGAACGCUCAGCAACAGGAGGACAACCGGAUCCUUCCCAAGGCCCAACCGUUACCGCUACCCCCGUUAGCGCAGAUAUUGCACCGACGAAUUUAGUCGCAACGGUAGCCACUGAGUUCCCGGUGGCUAGUCCGGGACUGUCCGCGCUUGACUCUUUAGCCUACAUGGACGAUUUCUUGCAUUGGUCUGACUUGCUAGGCCUGAAUCCUGAUAAAUCAGGCGUUUCAUUGUCUUUGGAUGCCGGUGAGACUUUCGACUUCAAUCUGCCUCCUGAGACGUCGGGUCCAGAGGGCAGAGUGCGUAAUGUACCGCUGUUCCCCGUGAACCAGCACCAUGAACACGUUCGAACCAGCCCACCUGGACCAGGAGCUGCAGAUCAGAUGCCCACUCCGCAUCAUACCCCCAUGAAAGACACAUCUACCGCACUCACUUCCCUCGAAGAUGCGCCAUUUUUAUUCAAGCAUUUCCAAGACAAUGUGAUUCCGCAGAUGAUGGCAGUGCCCCUAGGAGAGAAAUCUCCUUGGAAGAUUCUGAAUCUUCCGACUGCUAUCGUUACCUACAGUGAUAUAACAUUUCUCGGUACUAGAACAACUAGCCAUGCGCGACUCGCGAACUUGUACGGCUUGAUGGCUUGUUCCUCUAUCCAUCUUACUUUAGAGCCAAUCAGAGACCUGGAUAAACCAGUGGAAUAUUGGAGACGCAUUGCAGAGCGGACAUAUCAGCAAGCAAAAGACCAUAUGCAGAUAUCACUGCAGUGCGAAACACGAGAACCCAAAAAGGCAAAAUACAAGGAUCAACUGAUGGCCAUCUGUGGUCUCAUUCAGUUCGCGGUACUAUCUGGCCAGCAACAACAUGCCCGUUGUUUGAUGGUCGACGCUGAACGGUUACUACGGCUUCGAGGUCUACCAAAACGCCGCAUCUCUCAAAAGGCCCGUCUUUUGCACCACGUCUACACCUGGCUUCGGAUAGUGGGUGAGAGCACCUACGUGCUGCACGACUACACUCCAUCAACGUCCUUCCUCGAGGCUCUUGAUACCCAGUUUCGGACGCCGCCUAGUAUGGAUACCAUAGCAGCAAAUGGUAAUCCUCGACUUGAUGAUUUUCUUCGUCUGGAGGCAAAGAACUCAGACAGCGACCUCAACAUCGACGAGCCAAAGGACCCGGACAUUGGUCUACAUGAUAUUCAUCUCCAGGACUCUCGUGUAUUCUCAGAAACCUUGUAUAAGCAGAUUUAUGGCAUCCCAGAGACAUGGCUGAGCUUAGUGUCGCAAACGACAAGAAGCAUGGGAGACGCUCCAGCGGCGAAGUGUGCGGCUUGA